AUGAUCUCGCCACGCAGAAUAGGUAAACUAGUAGCUUUUUUUCUGAGCCUAAAUCUUUUGGCGCUGGACAGCAACGCUCUAGCGCAUCGGGAUGCAAAAACUGCCAGGAACGCUUCCCGCCGCAAGGAGCUGGAUCUUCCACGGCGCCUCAAUGGCAAGCGGCUGCUGUCGAUGCAUGGGGAUGUGGGUUCUCUCGCCCUGACCACAGCGACCCACCCGGACGUUGGCCUCGACCACCUCUUCCAACCGCUCAAACUGGACUGCCAUCCCGACUGCGUCAAGCGAGGGAACUGCAACGCCGAGGAGGGCCGUUGCGAAUGUCCGUUCGGCUAUACAGGCCCCACCUGCGAGGAGCCCCUCCUGUCCGGCUGCCAGCGGGGCCCCGGUCUGGAGCCCUUCUUCGGAGUGCUGGUCUCCAGGAACUGCGAGUGCCUCAGGCAGGCGAACAGAUUCUUUGGGUGCUCGCCAAAUAACGACACGUGUACUCUGGCAUCCAUGAGCUUUCACGACGUACAGUGCUACACGUUCCCCGACCUUCCCCCCGAGCAGCAGUACAGUCAGAUGCCCUCCCUGGACCAGCCCGGUGUGCAGUACUACCGCGGCAGCAUCAACCGGGUGGUUGACCUGAAACCCGUGGGGCCAGCGGAGGGGCUGGUGGGACGUGACAUCUGGUCGCGAGCUUAUUUAGGCCUGCCUCCGGAGAAGUGCGGUACAACCAAAUGCCAUGGUCGGGGGGCGUGUGUGUUGGAGGUGCAGUCCACUGAACUGGACGCCCUCCGUACGGCAACUGAGGGAAACUACUCUCCGUACUGCAUGUGCUACAAAGGUUAUAUGGGGCACCAUUGCAACGAGGACAUGCUGGAGUUGUGUCCUAGCAACUGCCGGGGGCGUGGACGCUGUAUCCGGGGGUUCUGUCACUGCAAUCCCCCCUAUUGGGGCCUGGACUGCAGUCGCGAGCGGGCCUGGCAGCUCGCCCCGGGAGCCCCACACAUUCCCAACCGCCAUGUGCUGAGGAUAUACGUGUACGACCUACCCGCUAACGCGGCCUUCAUGGUGGCAUUGGACGACAACGUAUUCGACCUGAACGAGCCCUCCUACCAGACACAUCGGAAAUUCCUGAACCCCCUGGAGGCGAACCUCUUCUUCGUACCCGCCAACGCCUACGCAUACUCGAGUAACACGAACCCCCCCACAAACCAGGGGGUUCGGGUGUUGCCUAAGUGGGCGAGCCUGGGCUUCCCUGUGACAGAGGCACCUGCUACCUACCACGCCGGGUAUGACGUGUAUCUGUCCAACGUGAUUCACGUGACCCUGUUCGGGCUCCACGCCAACCUGCGGGACAACACAACGACCUUCCUGAAGCCCGCUCCGGAGCACCACCCCACCUGGGGCUGCUACCACCCCAAGAAAGACGUCCUGGCGGCGCCAUGGUACGACCAUAUGCUUGGGUCCAAGGAGGCCGUGCAUCUGUACGGCUCGCUGUCGGACGCCGGGGGCGAGGCGCCCAACAGGGACCUACUGUUCUUCUUCGCAGGCUCGGUACGGCCGCGCGACACGUCGUACAGUGGCGGCGCCCGCCAGGCGUUAUCCGCCCACCUGAAGGCGCUGAUGGCCUCGGGGGGGAAUUACUCGGACAUCCAGUUCGUGGAGGGCACCGUCCCCGACUAUGAGGCGCUGUACAUGCGCUCCCGGUUCUGCCUGGCCCCCCACGGUGCUGGUUUCGGAGUGCGGCUCACGCUGGCCAUGACACACGCCUGCAUUCCCGUCAUCAUUCAGGAUCAAGUUUACCAGCCGUACGAAAGCGACGGCCUCUUGCCGUACAGUCAGUUCUCGCUGCGGCUGUCCAAGUCCGAUAUUCCGUACAUCGUAGACAUCCUGCGUUCCGUAUCCACGGAGAGACAGAAGCGCAUGCGGUUGGCCAUGGCCAAGUACCACCACGCCUUUCUUUGGGAGCCCUCUCUGGGCGGUCGCGCCUACAACUACACCAUCCGGGCUCUCAACCAGCGGCUGCAUGGCCUGUGGGGGCACCUGUGGGGUGACCCACAUCCAGCCGAACGCCGGCAUCUGCGAGUGGCCUGGGAUGAUGCCCAAGAUGAGGGGGAGCUGGCUGAUAUGUGA